UAGGGUAUCAUAUAAUACAAAAACAAUAUGAAUGAUGUGUUUAAUAUUUGGGAAUCAUCAAUAUACUGGAGUACCCUAACUAAUAUCGCCACAGUGUGAAUAGUCGAUAGAAAGUGUGUGUGUAAGUAAACAAAAACGAUGAAACAUUCGCUAAGAAAAAGCCAUAUACACCUUCAAUUGAUUGGUUUCCAAUUAGUUUUGCUGUUGAUGAGAUCGUUGCAGGCUUUUGAUGCACUUGAGAUAUUCAACUAUCAGACAAUUCAAUUUUGGUCACAGGACCCCGUGGAAGAUGAGGGCACACAGAGUAAUGGCGAUGUGGAUGAGAAUUACUUUAAAUUUGACGAUGAUAACACCGAGAGGAUGAGUAUUUCUCCAGCAGCGGAACAUCUACACGAAGGAGCCUUCUGUCGGCGAAGUUUUGAUGGACGAAGUGGAUAUUGCAUAUUUGCUACUCAGUGUCUGCAUGUUAUACGGGAAUAUCGGGUACAUGGCACUCGCAUUGACAUUUGCACCCAUCGUAAUAAUGUACCCGUCAUCUGUUGCCCCUUGGCCGACAAACAUAUUCUGGAACAGCGGAUUAGUGCCACAAAGUGCCAGGAAUAUAAUUCAGCCACUAGACGCCUCAAGCUGGCGGACUUUGUUCGUUUCUCGGGCAAACAAUGCGUGCCCAGUGUUCCUCUGAUUGUUGGUGGUACACCCACACAACGUGGCCUCUUUCCACACAUGACUGCCUUGGGUUGGACCCAAAGCAAUGGUGAGAUCAAAUGGGGAUGUGGCGGCACUCUAGUCAGUGAGUUCUAUGUUCUGACAGCAGCCCAUUGCGCCACAUCAGGUAGCAAACCUCCGGAUAUGGUACGUCUCGGUGUCCAACAGCUGAAUGUAAGCACCUCUGCCCAGCAGGAUAUUAAAAUCCUUAUAAUCAUCCUACAUCCAAAGUAUCGUUCAUCUUCCUAUUAUCAUGACAUAGCGCUGCUCAAGUUAACGAAACGUAUACAACUUUCGGAGUUAGUGCGUCCAGCGUGUCUAUGGCAAUUGCCGGAUUUGCAUAUCAAAACGGUUUUAGCUACCGGCUGGGGACGCACUGAGUUUUUGGGUGCCAAGUCCAAUGUCCUAAGGCAAGUCGACUUGGAUGUGAUAUCUCAGCAACGUUGUAAGCAAAUCUAUCGUCGAGAACGCCGUUUGCCACGUGGCAUUAUCGAUGCCCAAUUCUGUGCUGGUUAUAUACCAGGCGGCAAGGACACCUGCCAAGGUGAUUCUGGUGGCCCAAUCCAUGCUAUAUUACCCGAGUACAAUUGCGUGCCCUUUGUGGUGGGCAUCACUUCCUUUGGCAAAUUUUGUGCUGCCCCCAAUGCUCCUGGUGUGUACACAAGAAUCUAUAGCUAUCUGGAUUGGAUUGAAAAGAUUGCCUUUAAGGAUCGUUGAAAUUUUAAGUAGGGACUUUAUACUUUGACUGAUUCACUUUCAUUGUAACUAAAAAAUAUUCUAAUAUUUAUUCAAUUAACUCGAAACACCAUAUUGUAAUUCAUAAUCCCCAAAAUUCUUUAUUUUAUUAUAAAUUUCCAUAUUAUUAAAUGUAUAGAACAUAAUAAAGACAAUUAUUUGUAAAUUA